AUGCCGACCAUGCCGUACGGCUCCGCGGUACCUGCUGAUCCAUCCAACAACUUCUACCAGACCACCCCCUUGGCAAUGGGCUACAAUACCACCGUCACCACCUCAAGCGGCGCCCCAGGCGACCAUGGAAAUUACCGCCGCCCCGCCGCACCUCGUCUUCCGGGCAUCCAACCCGCGCGCACCGCCCUCGUCCACGCCGGCGCAGCAACUCCGGGCGGCGGCUUCCGCUCUAUCGGCGCCGGCACGCAUCACACCCAACCACUGCCUACAGCAGCGACCCAUGGGACAUCCACACUUGCCGCUAUUGCGGCGGCCGUGGGGCAGCCGAUGCCUGGCAGCGGCAUCAACCAUCAGGUCUCUUGGCCUCACCAACAACAACAGCAACAGCAGCAGCAACAACAACAGCAGCAGCAGCAACAGCCACCCCAUGGCAUGGUGCCCUUUGGCGCUACGGGCGCUCCCAUUACCGGUCAUCACCCACACGGGGUUGUUGCCGGCAUGCAUCACGGCCUCACCGGCCACAACACCGCAGCUGGGAUGCAUGGCGGCCUCAUCCCGAACUUCGUCGGCCAUCUGGGUCAGCACACCGGCGCCGUUGGACCCAUGGGUCAUAUGGGCGCUUACGGUGCCUACCCAAGCGGUGGCUAUACCGCAGCGGUCACCGGCGGUAUCGGCGGCGCCUUUGCUCCGCGGUUCAGCGCCGGCACUGAAGAGAGCCCACUGGUGGUGGGGCGGCGGCGGCGGCGCAACGGUGCGCCGGUGGAUCUGUCCAGUGGCGGCGGCGACGACACGGAGGAUGGAGAAGACAGCAGUGGCGGUGCGGAUGCGGACGCUGCGGAGGAGGUCCUGCAGCGGCUGGUGACGGCUACGGACAUUGCCCGGGCUACCGGCUCUGAGGAGGUGGCUGCCCGCCUAAAGCCCUACCAGCUGGUGGGCAUCAACUACCUGCUGCAGCUGGCGGCAGGGCAAGUGGGCGGGGCUAUCCUGGCGGACGAGAUGGGACUGGGCAAGACGGCCCAGACGUGCGUCUACCUGUCCUGCCUCCGACCGCUGCUUAACGACCCUGGUCCGCACCUGGUGGUGGUGCCCGCCUCCCUGCUGGAGAACUGGCAGCGAGAGCUCAAGCUGUGGGCACCCACCCUGAAGGUGGUGACCUACUACGGCGCUACCCGGGAGAAGCUGCGUCACCGCAUCAAGCGGCAGUGGGCGCGUAUCUGCGCUGGAUUGGACCCCGGGCCGGACGAGGAGGACGAGGGGCAGUUGGCGGCGGCAGCGGGGCAGGAAGAUGUCCAGGGUGAAGGCGAUGCGGCAGAAGGCGAUGACGGCUACGGGGCCAGCGGCAGCGGCGAUGAGGAGGAAGAGGUGGACGAGGAGGAAUACGGCCAGUUGCCCACACCGCAGCGCCAGACUGGCAAGGGCGGGGGCUGCGGUGGGCUGUUUGAUGUGCUGCUCACCACCUAUACGGUCUGGGAGCGCGAGGGCCCCGCGUACGGUAUUGAUCGGGCAUUCCUGUCGAAAUGGCCCUGGUCGCAUGUGGUCAUGGACGAAGCCCACGCCCUGAAGAACAGCUCCUCCACCCGUAGCAGGAAGCUGCGCAAGGUGGCGCAACUGGCGGCGACGCGCAUCAUGCUCACAGGCACCCCUCUCCAGAACGACCUUCUCGAGCUCCACGCGCUGCUAGCCUUCCUGCUGCCCACCAUCUUCAACGCGGGCGAGGGUGCGGACGCUCUGGCCAUGCAGGUGGCUGAGGUUGCCAGGCCGGUGCCCGGGGCCGGCUCGGGUGCGGGUCAGGCAGCUCAGGCAGCCCGGGCGGCUGCUCAGAGCCGCCUGGUGGAGCGAAUGAAGCAGCUGCUGCAGCCGUUCAUCUUAAGACGUCUUAAGAGCGAGGUGGCGGAUCAGCUGGUGGCCAAGCAACAGCACAUUGUGCUGCUGGACAUGGUUCCGGAGCAACGGGAGCUCUACGCCGCGACGAUUGCCUCUAUGCGGGAUGAGGUUAGCAAGGAGGUCUCACAGGCGGCAGCUGCCGGGGGCCCGGGCCGCGGCCGGGGGCGGGGUCGCGGUCGGCCCCGCCGCGGCACUGCGCUCAAGGCGACGGAGGAGGCUGCUGCCCAGGCCUCCGGCCCGGGUGGCUCCCACAUCUUCACUCAGCUGAGGAAGGUGGCCCAACACCCGCUGCUCAUCAGGUCGAGGUACACCAAGGAACAGGUUGCCGAGCUGGCCAACCUGGCGGCCACACGGGGGCUGUUUGGCGGCGCCCCAACCGUGGAGCGAUGCCUGCAGGAGUUGUCCUCCUACAGCGACCACCAGCUGCAUUGCUUUGCAUGUGAGUUCACGGUGACGGGAUCCGGGCUGCUGGAGUCGUACAUCCUGCCUGAGGAUUCCGUACUGUGCUCGGCUAAGAUAAAGCACCUGGACGAGUUGUUGCCCAAGCUCAAGGAGAAGGGCAGCCGCGUGCUGCUGUUCAGUCAAUGGACGACCGUGCUGGAUCUGCUUGAGUGGUACAUGCACCUCCGGGGCUACACGUACUGCCGCUUGGAUGGGGGGACCCAGGUCGAUGAGCGGCUGGCCCUGGUGGACGCAUUCAACGCCCCGGAAUCGCCGUACUUCGUGUUUCUCCUGUCCACUCGCGCGGGAGGCCAGGGCCUCAACCUGACGGGGGCGGACACCGUCAUCCUGCACGACGUGGACUUCAACCCGCAGAUUGACAAGCAAGCAGAAGACCGGGCGCACAGGUUGGGUCAGACACGUACAGUGGCGGUGUACCGCUUGAUUACCAAGGGCACCGUGGAUAGCAAUAUCCAGGCCAUUGCGGAGCGCAAACUGGCUUUGGAUCAUGCGGUGCUGACGGACGUGACAGUGGGGGCUGGGGCGGAGGGAGGCGGCCGGGGGCGUGGCAGGGGACGGGGCCGCGGCGCUGCAUCUGCGGUUGAGACACGCCACAUGGCGGAGAUCCUUUCCUCGCUGCUGGACCCGCAGCAGCCUGAGGAAGGGAAUGCGGCAGCGGGCGGCAGUGGCUCCGGCAGCACCGGUGGUGGCGGAAGCUCCGUUGGGGUUAGCGGCGGCAUGGGCUCCGCUGGUGGCAUCGGCUCCGUCGGCAUUAACGUUGGCGGCGGCGGCGGCGGCUAUGUCGGCGGCAUGGGCUCCAUCGGUGGAGGUGGCGGCGGCCAGGUAGGCGUCAUCAGUUCCCUUGGCGGCGGCGGUGGCGGAGGCGGCGGCCACAUUGGUGUUGUUGGCCACCACGCUGUUGGCCACGUUGGCGGCGGCGGCAUCGGAUCUGGGGGCGCGUGGGAUGGCGGUAACGCAUGGACCGGUGCCGCCGUUGCCGCAGCUGCAGCAGCGGCAGCAGCGGCAGCAGCGGCAGGGCCGUCGGGAAUGCCAUAUCCACGGGGAUGA